AUGGUUAUCACCACUCAUCACCUGCCAACACCCACUAAAACACCUCCCAAAACCCAUUCAACACCUCCAACCCCCAUUCAACACCGCAACACACCACUCACACCUCCCCACACAUUCAACCACCCACUCAACCUCCCACCACCACUCAACACCCCAACACCCACUAACACCUCCCAACCCAGCGUAGCACCCACCACACCUCCAGCCACCACUCAACACCCGCCAACAACGCCACUCACACCUCCCAACCAUACAACACCGCCCACUCAACACCUGCCACCACCAUUCAACACCCACUCAACACCUCCCACCCACUAUUCCAACCGCACCAACACCUCCCACCACAAGCACCACUCAAACCACCCUCCUACCCAUUUCAACACCACUCAAACUCCAACCCAUUAG